AUGACCCCAGAGGAGGAGGAAGGCUCCCGGGCAAGGCCACCGGAGCGGGUGCGUAUCCAGGUGGAGGAGCAGUGGUUCUGGGUGGAGAAGACCUUGCUGGUGGAGAGCAGCGAGUACUUCCGUGCCCUCUUCCGCUCGGGCAUGAAGGAGAGCACGCAGGAGGAGCUCAGGCUCCUCGGCAGCGAGGAGACCUUCCAGGCGGUGGAGUGUGCCGCCUUCCUGCAGGUGAAGUCCUUGGCCAAGUACCUGAUCCACUCCAUCAACUCUGACAAUUGCAUCCUGCUGUACCAAGCCGCUGCUAUAUUCGGUCUCCUGGACCUCUUCCACUGCGCUGCGCUCUACAUCAGGGACAGCUACGCUGAGCUGGAGGAGGACCUGGACUGCCUCUCUGCCGACCUGGUGGCCUACGUGGAAACCCUCCUACCCAGCACCUUCGUGGCUGUGGGAGCUCACACACCCACCUUCGAGUUCUUGGAGGACCUCUCCAGGACCAUCUGUGCCAGCACGUUCCUAGCCGGCAUGGCAACCAUGGAUAAUAAGAUCUACAUCGUGGGUGGCGUCUAUGGGGCCAGCAAGCAGGUGGUGGAGAGAAGCUUCUGCUACGAUGCCGACACCAACGCCUGGAGCGAGUUCCCCAGCCCUCAUCAGCUGCGCUACGACGUCAGGCUGGUGGGCCACGAGGGCUACCUCUAUGCCAUCGGUGGGGAGUAUGAGAAGAUCUCACUGAAGUCUGUGGAGAGGUACAACGUGGCCUCCAACACCUGGAUGUUCGUCUCUGACCUGCCGCAGCCACCCUGUGCCCAAGCCAUGGGCCAGAUCUUUGUUUGUUUGUGGAAGCCACUGGACACCACCAUCAUCUACGAGUACGAGACCCAGCGAGACACUUGGCUUCCCGUCACCGAGCUCAAGCGGCACCAGAGCUACGGGCACUGCAUGGUGGCCCACCGUGACAACCUCUACGUCAUGCGCAACGGUCCCUCGGAUGACUUCUUGCGUUGUGUCAUCGACUGCUUCAACCUGACGUCGCGGCAGUGGACCGCCCUGCCUGGCCAGUUCCUGAACAGCAAAGGAGCCCUCUUCACUGCUGUCAUCAAGGGUGACACCGUCUACACGGUCAACAAGAUGCUGACGCUCCUCUACUCCGUGGAGGAGGAGACCUGGAGGUCCAAGAAGGAGCGGGCGGGUUUCCCACGCAGCGGCUCCCUGCAGACUUUCCUCCUGCGGCUGCCCGGUUUAGGGAAGCACCCCCUGGACUUUCCUGAUUUGGGCAGAGCAUGA